AUGCAGCGUAUCAUUGAUUCGAUUUGGGGGAAUUCUUUGCAGGUUAAGGUUAGUUUAGCUGGCCCUAAUCUUUACGUCUUUUCAUUCUUGGAUGCUAAUCUGAGGGACUGGGUACUCGAAAACGGUCCCUGGCAUGUCCAGAACAAACCCCUGGUUCUGAGGAUGUGUGAACCUGGGUUGCAGAGACUUAAUUUUGAUAUAGCUUUAAUGCAUGUUUGGGUGCAACUCUACAAUAUCCCACUUGAACUUUACUCUCAAAAGGGGCUUAGUUACAUAGCUAGUGCGCUAAGUACUCCCCUCUAUAUGGACUCUAUCACUGCUUCUCGUAAGAGGCUGGAAUUUGCUAAACUGUGUAUAGAGAUUGAAGCUGGCAGUGCUCUCCCUGAGGAUAUUCAUGUAACUCUUAGGGAUGGAUCAAUUGUGAGAAUAAAGGUACGUGUGCCAUGGAUACCUCAGUCCUGCUCUAUGUGUAAAGUGUUUGGGCAUCAUGUUAAUUCAUGUACUGAGGUUAGACAAUCUUCUGUGAAGCCUAAAGAAGUCCAAGUCUGGAGGAAGAAAGAAGGCAUUCACGCUGGGGAGGCUGGAAGUAAGGGAUCUCUAAAUGGUACUGUUGAAGGUUCUAGGAAGAUUCCUGGUUCUGAUUCUCUUCCUGACAGCUCACUAGGGGGGACUCAUGAAUCGAAUCUCCAGGUUGGUGUUGCCAUGGAAUCCUCUGUCCAUGAACUGCAGGAACCUAGUGUGAUCACACAGGCUGCUGGCCUGUGA